AUGCAGACUGCUUCUACAAACAUUUGUGAAAGACUGUGCAAAAAGUCCAUCCAUGAAAUUUCCUUGCUACUAAAUAUUCCACGGUCAGUUGCUAGUGGUAUUAUAACAAAGUAAAAACAACUGGGAAUAACAGCAACUCAGCCAUGAAGUGGUAGGAUACAUAAAAUGACAGAGCGGAUUCAGCGCAUGCUGAAGCACACAGUGCGUAAAAGUUGCCAACUGUCUGCAGAGUCAAUAGCUAUAGACCUCCAAACUUCGUGUGGCCUUCAGAUUAGCACAACAUCAGUGUGUAGAGAGCUUCAUGGAAUGGGUUUCCAUGGCAGAGGAGCUGCAUCCAAGCCUUACAUCACCAAGUUCAAUGCAAAGCAUCUGAUGCAGUGGUGUAAAACAUGCUGCCACUGGACU